UCUGGGACCAAGGAGGGGAUCAUUCAGGAGCUGCGCGCCGUCAGGUGAAGGAAGGCUCCGUUGCGGACGCUGGGGGGACUGAGAGAGGACAGGGAACUAGGGGUUUGAACUUUUCCGCUGUAACUCGGGUUUGUGAGGGCGACAGGGAGCCAUGGCGGUGUUCUCUGCUCUUUGGGUGCUCUUGCUGUGCCAGCUUUUGACAUCCUCCUUAGCUCAGAGACCAGGCCCCAGAGGAUCCCCUGGGCCACCAGGACCCCCAGGGCCUCCAGGAAAGGAUGGCACUGAUGGCAAACCUGGACCAGCUGGACUUUCAGGAAAAGCUGGUCCCAAAGGGAAAGCAGGAAUACCAGGGGCACCAGGAAAACCAGGCCUGCCGGGACUACCAGGAGUGGAUGGUUUGACCGGUCCUGAUGGUCCAUCUGGGAAGGAUGGACCCCCAGGGGAAGCAGGAGAGGCCGGACCUCCUGGGCCUGCUGGACCUCCUGGCAGAGGGAGACCAGGAGCAGCAGGACUACCUGGAACCAACGGGCUGCCAGGCGGAGUCGGACCUCAGGGUCCAGCGGGUGCUGAGGGCCUUGCAGGACUUCCAGGACCUCCUGGCCCUGAUGGACCACCAGGUCUUCCUGGUACUCUUCAUGACCUCAGUGGUGACCUUCUGUGUCCUGCAAUCUGCCCCCCUGGUCCCCCAGGUCCUCCUGGAAUGCCGGGAUUCAAGGGUCACACUGGUCAUAAAGGAGACAAGGGAGAGGUUGGAAAAGAUGGAGAGAAGGGUGAUGCUGGUCCACCUGGCCCUCCAGGUAUUCCUGGGACUGUGGGUCUGCAAGGCCCACGCGGUCUCAGAGGCUUACAAGGCCCAAUGGGAGCCGUAGGAGACAGAGGUCUUCCUGGUUUCAGAGGUAAACCUGGCAUCGCUGGCAUCAUCGGAAAGACAGGUGACGCUGGAGAAAAGGGACCACAAGGAUUCAAAGGACCCAAAGGAGAAAUAGGUAAAAUCGGUCCUAAAGGAGGUCCCGGGGGAGCAGGACCCAAAGGAGAGCCUGGUAUUCCUGGCAGAGACGGCAAAGAUGGAACACCAGGAUUAGACGGUGAGAAGGGUGAUGCUGGGCGCCAUGGAGUAGUGGGAGAGAAAGGACCAAAUGGCCUUCCUGGUCUGCAAGGAAAGGCUGGUGCAAAGGGCUCCAAAGGAGAAGUCGGGGAUCCUGGAAAAACUGGGGAGACGGGACCUUCUGGAGAGCCAGGUAUUCCUGGUGACAUUGGUAUCCCAGGAGAGAGGGGGAUAGCAGGACCCCGAGGAGUGGCUGGGGGAAUUGGACCAGCAGGAAACCCCGGGCCUCAGGGAGUCAAAGGCUUCCAGGGGGUUAAAGGAGCCUUGGGCGAUCCAGGUCUUCCAGGUCCAACAGGAAUCCGUGGAGACUUUGGUGAAAGGGGUCCAGUUGGAGCUUCUGGAGCUAAAGGAGACAUGGGUGUAGCAGGAAGUGAUGGUUUACCAGGAGAGAACGGAGAACCUGGUCCCUUCGGCCCAGUUGGACAAAAAGGAGAGUCAGGGAAGCGAGGUGAACUGGGUCCAAAGGGUGUGACCGGUCCACAAGGGGAGCUCGGGGCCAGAGGGCCCCCAGGAAAACAAGGACCAAUGGGCUUCCAGGGGGAGCAGGGUCUUCCUGGAAUUGCAGGAAAGACAGGCGUACCGGGUAAACUAGCAAGCGAGCAGCACAUCAGAGAGCUCUGUGGAUCAAUGAUCGAUGAUCAGAUCGCACAGCUGGCAGCCAACCUUCGAAGACCCCUGGCCCCAGGAAUGGUGGGUCGCCCUGGCCCUGCUGGAGCAGCAGGAAAGCCAGGAGUUGCUGGUUCUAUUGGGCAUCCAGGUGCCCGUGGACCUCCAGGGUACAGAGGGCUGCCCGGAGAGCUUGGAGACCCAGGUCCCAGAGGUGAUGUUGGAGAGCAAGGUGAUAAGGGAUCACUUGGCAAAGCCAUUGAUGGGCCACAAGGAGAUCAAGGAUAUCAGGGUCUUCCAGGUGUACCUGGAAUAGUCAAAGAUGGCCGAGAUGGAUCUCCUGGAGAUCCAGGUGAGCCUGGAGAGCAGGGCAGGGUAGGUAGGACUGGACACCAGGGACCUCCUGGAAUCUGUGACACAUCAGCCUGCCAGGGAGCAGCAGCCGCUGGAAAAUCCUCCAACCCCAAAAACAAUUAAACGUAACAUCCUGCCACCUGUCACCAUCCACCCUGGAGAGGAAGGCUGAUGCGUGAGGGAGGGAAGGAGUGAAAGAAACAAAGUGAUCACAACAAUGUCCUCUUUAUUUAAAUACAUGUGUCCCUGGAUGAGGGAAGUAACAACAAGGAGUGGGAUAUUCUGAGAGGAUAAGAGGAACAUCAGAGGAUCGACAGGAAAAAAAAAACAGAGCAACUGAGAGACAAAAACAAAAAGAUGACAUCCAGAAAAAAAGUGGACAGAGGCAAGAAAAGUUCAAGAGAAGAACCACAUUGCUCCAAAUCUACAAUAUAACAAACAAGACUUGACUUACAAACAACUGAAGAUGAAUGAUGAGUCCUUUGUGUAUAAAAACUUUGUACAUGUUGUUUCCAUGCCCCCUUUUACCUUUGCUAGCAACCAUGUGGCAGAUGACACGAAGAACAUCAGUGACGGUCUCUGAAUGAAUGUGCAUGUAUCAUGGCCCUGUUAAUGUAAACCCAAGGUGUUACCUCAAAAUACGAGCUUACAGUGUAAAAUAUGAGACAAAAGCAGAGGGAACAAGCCUCUGUCAGGACCUGUUUGUACUGUCCAAGGAAUAAAAACACAAACACCCAGGUGCUGAGAAUUUGUGUAGAUUAAUGAAAACUUUUGAUAGUCUUUUUUUACAGCUUGUUUUUGUUUUUUUAAUAACAUGUGAAGAUGAUUCUCUAGAUUUGAGAAUCAGAAACAAAGUAAAACUUGUGGAUGCAUAAAUCAGUCAUUGUAAAACCUAAGGAGCAAAGUAAUAAAUUUCAGUGUUUUUUUAAAAAUCUGCAAUGACCACAUCCACUUUGUACUACCGGUGCUGUAACUAUUAAAUAUACAUGACAUUAAAUACUAUUUAUUAUUUGUGGGUGACUGUUGUAUGUACAGUAAGAUGCUACAGCGACAUGUUGUAAGAAAGAACAAAUAAAGCCACUUUUCAGUAAAAAAAAAAAAAACAUUACUCU